AUGAGUGAAAUACAGAUGAUUAAAAACAACGAAUCUAAUAUACCCAUGUCUAAUAUUAGUAAAAAUACCAAUCGAUUUCAAAUGCCAUACAAUUCAAUUCAAAGAAAGCUCGAUCGAUUUUGGGAUAAUUAUUCAAAAUUUUUAAUACGUUAUUCGUUCAUAACACUUAUAUUAAGUUCAUUGAUAACGAUUGGACUUACGGUUUAUUUUUUUAAUUUUGUGCAAAUACGUCAUUUUGAUGAAACAGCAUUUUUCAUGCAAAAUGGCCGAACUUCAAGAAAUGUUGAACGUAUUAAAAACAUAUUCGGCAAUGAUAAAAAUUUCCGAGCACAUCAACAAAUGAAUCUUUACCCAGCUUUAGAUGUUAUUAUCAAAAGAAAAUCACAAUCAAAUCGAGGAAAUAUGAAUGAAACAAAUAUGUUAAAUCAACAAAUUAUUGAUGAGGUUCGUUUGUUAGACCAGAAAAUUCGAUCUAUUCGAAUCACUAUUAGCAAUACUCCAUUCCAAUAUAAUUAUUCAUCAUUAUGCGCCAUAAUGAACCAUGCAUGUAUUGUUGACGGAAAUUAUUUAUUAUCGGAUCGAUUUCGCCAAGAUUUUGCAUACAUAAAAUAUGAAUCAAGUGAAAUCUAUUUUGAUACAGCAGCAGGUGCUAACGGUAUUGCGCCAUUUAUAUUCAGCAGAAAUUAUCGAACUAUCAAUGCAACAUCACCUGACUCAGAUUAUGUUGACGAAAGUGAAGGAAUCAAUGACGAAGCAACAACGGAAGCACCUUUAACAGAGAUUAUAUCUUACGUUCCACUAUUUCGUCUUCGAUACGCAUUAAAUGUAACAACGAAUGAAACACGUCAUUUAUCAGCAGCAUGGGAAAAUGCAGCAAUAAAUUAUCUUAACGAAAAAUUUCAGUCGAACUUAAUUUCUCUCGCAGUAUCGAGUUCAACAGCUAUCAGUGAUACUGUUAGUAAACAAGCAAGCGACGAAGGACCAUUUAUAGCAAUAAUGCUUUUAAUAUUCGUUAUUUUCGUUUGCUUUUUUAUCAGUGUUCAAGGUACUUUUCAUACAUCUGUUGGAUAUUUAUCAGCUUGUGGAAUUAUUAGUUUGAUUCUUUCCUCUGGUGCUACAUUUGGUUUAUUAUCACUUCUUAGAGUUCAAAUUAUGGAACCAAUGGCUCUUAUUGUUUUUGUUAUUGCUAUUAUUGAAUGUAUGCGUGUUUCAAUUGUUUGUGGUGAUUAUCAUCGAAUAAUACAACAACAUAUUCCACAAUCUUCAACGAAUGUUUCAACGAAAAUUGACAUUGAAAAAAUUCUUUCAUCAAUAUUAAAAUCUAGUCGUCCAUAUUUUUUAUCUUCAACAUUAAUUCAGAUGAUUGCUUUUACAAUUUUGUCAAUAAUAUCUCCAAUGCCAUGCCCAAAAUAUCUUAGUAUUACAUUAGUCGUAUAUGUAUUUAUAAAUUAUUUAACACAUUGUACAUUUUUUUCGUCAUGUCUUAUUAUAACAUUAAAACGUAUUAAAUCUCGCCGCCAUUCUUUAUCAUGUCUUCAUUUACCAAGUGAUUAUUAUAUAAAAGAUCGUAAAAAAUCAAUAAAAAAUACAUUCUUCCAGCGACCAAUGAAACUUUUUGAAAAGGUUGAUCCAAAAUUUAAAAAGAUUUUUACGGGCUUUAUAUGUUUAUUCUCAAUAAUAUGUGUCAUAUGUAGUUUAUGGUUGAUACUAUCGAUUGAUACACGUUUAUUUGAUGAUAGAUUUCUUCCAAGAAAUUCAUCUUCAUUACGGUCAUAUAUGAAAUCACAAACCGACGAUUAUGAUAUUGGUCCUAUGAUUAUGUUUGUUAUUCCUCAAACAGUUGAUUAUACGAAUGCAACCAACCGAUUAUUAAUUCAUCGUAUGAUAGAAAAAUGUCAAAAUGAAACAACAACUAAUAAGUUCAAAUUAGUAUGGAUAGACCACGAAGAUGUAACAGAUCUUUUAACCAGUAAAGAUUCAAUUGAUAUUCGAAUAACGCCAUAUUCGCAAAAUGAUAUCAUUUUCUCCGAAGAAAAAAACAAAACCGUUAUAAAAGCGUCAAGAUUCUAUUGCCAAUAUAAAUCCAUUAAAGGCGAUCGUGAAGAUUUACGAACAAUGAACAAUUUGUAUACGUAUACGCAACAAAGUCCUAUACCAUUCAUAUUUCCUUUCAGUCUUAUAUUUCAACAUUAUGAAGCAUUGGGACAAAUACGUUUGGAGAUGUAUUUAUUAAUACUUAUCAUGGUUACAAUUACUUUCGUUGUCAUUUUUCUUAUAUUUGCCUCGUUAAAAAGAGCUCUUCUAAUCAUUUUACAUUUACUUGUUCUUCUAUCUGGAAGUUUAGCAUGCCUAUAUCUAUUUCAUAAUUUAUCAUUUAAUUUUGCCAAUGCACCAUGGUUAUAUAUCAUACCUAUUGUAUUUCUUGAUACUAUUAUUCAUGCAACUUUUAAUAUGAAAAAAUCCAAAUGGAAAUAUAAUCGUAUUAUGUUUUCAUUAAUAAUAGCAUUGAUUAUAUUUUCAUUUUUUCCUAUUGAGACAUAUAUAUUUCAUAUAAUAUGUUAUUCAUUACUUUAUCAAUCAAUUAUUUGUUUUACAUCGAUUAAUAUAGUGCUUCCAUCAUGGUUUUAUAUUAUUAAAAGAAUUUUAAGGAAAAAUAAGAAAGCUAAAAAAUUAUCAAAAAUACUUAUCGAUACGAAUCAAUCAUCAGCUAUAACUACAGAAAUACAGAAUCUCGUUAAUGAGCCUAAUGGAAAUAUGAAUAACACUAUUUAA